AUGUCUGCCUGGAGCACGAUUCCAGAAUUUCGCCGCCUCUCAGCAGGUAUUCGACGCAUCGACUGGACCGACCGAGUCCUCUCGAAUCAUGGAGCAUAUCCUACCAAAGCGGGUGCCUUCCAGGGCAAGCAAACGUCCGCCAAGUUCUACAACGAAGAGGGGAGAGUUUUCCGUUGGUUCAUGAAGGCCAUCACUUCCGAGUCCGACGUCCGCGUCUUUGCUACUCUCGAUGGGUUUCUGGUCAUGGUCAGCCUGACAGCGACUUCAGUCCUACUUUCAGUCUUCGCUAUGACGGUUGUUCUUUCGCCUCCGGAUGACUCGCCCGGGCGACAUCCUGCGUCCCAAUUCUUCUCCUCUCGAGUCAAGGGAGAAACACCGAGUUUGGUCGGCUUCCGAGUACGGGUUCCUCCCGUUGCAGGACACGGUAUCAAGAUCGGGUUCGUGGCCACUGGUGCAAGCAAGAAGGAGGUCUUGCGGCAGGUCUUUGGCAGAAAAGAGGGUCACCAGCUACCGUGGGGGCUUGUCAGUGGUCUAGACCAGGAGCGAGUCAGCUGGUUUGUCGACUAUCCUGCCUGCCCACUCUACCACACGACAUCACGAAAAGCAUAG